CUCCCGUCGACAACGACAUGUUGUCCUUUGAGUCUGCAGGACUCCUCGUCCACCACCUCCGCGUAAUCCGAUAGUCUGAGCAUUCACUAGGCAAUUGCUUACUCCUCAGUAACACCGUUCGACGACAUCAACAAUCAACAUGGCCACUCGACGGUACUACACCGUGCUGGCUCUCCUGUGCUUCAUCAUCUUCUUCGCCAUGCUUAGCGGCAUGCGCACUCUUCGCCAAUCAGUGAAUGAUCAGGAAGCGCUGAAAGCUGCCCGUGCAGCAGAGUCACUGCAGCAGACGACUGAUGGAGCUCUCCAGCUUGGCCAAGUGGCCUUGACCGGCCACGCCAUCGCUCCAAAGCUGGGCAACGAGACAGCGAAAGCGGAACUCGGACGAUCAACGUGGCACUUCUUCCACACAGUCAUGGCUCGCUUCCCCGAGAAGCCAACAGAAGAGGAAAGCAACACCCUGCGCACCUUCAUCUACUCAUUCCAGCGCGUGUAUCCUUGCGGAGAUUGUGCCACACACUUCGGAGAGCUGCUGAAGAAGUUCCCGCCGCAAGUGAGCUCGAGAAACGCGGCGGCAGGCUGGGCAUGUCAUGUGCACAACCAGGUGAACAUCAGGCUGCACAAGGAGAUAUUUGAUUGCAAUAACAUUGGAGACUUCUACGAUUGUGGCUGUGCGAAGGACGAGGAAGACGAGAAGAAAGAGAAGGAGGGAGGAGCUAGAACAACAGAGAUACGAGACACCAGCAAGGACAAGCCGGAGAUGAGCUCGUUGAACAAGGAGAAAUAUGCCGUGAAUGGACGAGACUUCAAUGAAGAUCUGGUGUUCUCGUGAGCGAGCACAUUGGCGUUGCUAUCUCAUCACUUGGAUUUGAUGCCUUCUCUCUUGCUUUCGAACGAUUGAGGUGUACCUCCGCAUUGCACCCACUUGGACACCCAAGCUCCAGCACUAACGCCGCUGAGGAGGAAAUCGAAGCCCAGCGAUGUGACAGCUGGAUGACUCCAGAGCGCUGGCAGUAACCACCAUCUGAACUCCAGAAUCAAGAACUCUAUCCACAUGGAAUCGAGAUCUCGCAACAGACAUCCAACGCCCGCUGUCA